AUGAAUCCUAUAAUAAUUCAAGCAGCACCAUGUUUUUAUAAAUUAAAAGAAGGAAUGCUAAAAGAAAUAGAGUUUUAUAUAUGUUCUGGAGAAGGCAUAGGGGCUAAAAUGCAAUACAAUCUCUUAAAAGCAAAACAUCCAGACAAGGUCUUAGAACAGUUAAACAAUACAACUAAUCAAAUGAUUCCCAAGACUAUUUACACUAAUGCUAACCCAGCUAUGAAAAAGAAAAACAAUGAAAAUAACUGUGUUAAAUCUCAAUCUGUUGAAUCUCAAUCUGUUGUUGAAUCUCAACUUGUU